AGAGAGAGAGACUGCAGAAGUGAGGCAGGUUGAACUAAACAUAGAAAAAGCAGAGCUAAAGAAAACCUGAACGCUCCCGGAGGUUUUGAGAAGUGAAGGCGAGCAGGAGCUGCCAUGUCAGGGGCUGUUUGGAGGCGGGAUGGGAACAGGGGAGGAAGCUUCAACUGCACACCGUGCCGCGCCGGUUUAACUGCGGACAGUUAAUUGCCACCGGAAGACAAUUAAGCCCGCGCGGUCCGGGGGAGAAGGCGCGUGUUCCGUGACAACUUUGCAGGAGCUCACGUGCGCGGCCGCAGCCGGUGGAUGUGGCGCCAUGGAGAUGAAGAGAAGACUUCGAGUCACGCUGCUGUUAAUGUGGAUUUUUCAAGGUGACACCAAGGAGGUGGAGAUCCCCAUAGGAGAGAUGGAGGUGGUCAAGGGCCAGAUGGUGGUGUUACAUGCUUGGUACAGCCCCAACUCAGACAUUUCCAAAAACUCUGUGGUUUGGCUCUUUACGGGAAAGAAAUCCAAGCAGGUGAUAAACUUUAGCGCGGGCGAAGUCGGGCACGGCCAGAACGAGUUCACCAAAAGGGUGGGCUUCAGUGCGGCCAUGCCAUCAGCCAACCUCUCCAUCUACAUCAACAACACCCAGGAGUCCGACUCAGGGCAGUACUUGUGCUCCGUCAUCAUCCCUGGCAGUUCUGGCAUUUUCGGACAAAUGCACUUAAAUGUCAAAGUGCCCCCUUCUCCCCCGGUGUGCAGCAUGACAGGAAACCCAGUGGUGAAGGGCAACGUGACUCUGAGCUGUAAGUCCAGCCAUGGAAAACCCGUCCCUCACUACAAAUGGACCAGGGCUGCACCCAUGUCUGAGGUCUUCUUCGCCCCAAUGCAGAAUGAGAGACACGGCACCCUGAGGCUGAGCAACCUCACUAAAAGCAUGUCGGGGAAGUACAUAUGCCGAGCCAGCAACACCGCCGGCUCCGACAGCUGCUCCAUUAACCUGGAGGUCAUCACCUCGUCUAAUGCAGGCAUGAUUGCAGCCGCUACACUGGGGUCCAUAGUGGGACUGGUGGCCAUGGGGCUCUUCCUCAUCUUCAUCCUGAGAAGGAGAGGGGACACUGAGGAGGAGAUGGCCAACGAGAUCAAGGAGGAUGCUCAGGCGCCAAAGCGAGUGUCGUGGGCAAAGAGCAACACCGGCUCGGACGUCGUAUCCAAGAACGGCACGCUGUCCUCCAUCGCCACCAGCCCGCGACCCCGCGACCCCCUCCAGCCGAAAUUCCACUACCCAUACUCCCCCACGUCAGCUUCAGACACCGGCUCGGUGAUCAACGCCUACCAGCUGCGACCCGGAGAAGCCGGCACGCUUCAGGGACUCCCCGGCUACAACGCCGGAGGCACCCCGUCACGCAAACACAAGCGGCCGCCCAGCGCAAACGGGGGGCCCCCGCAGCUCCACAGGAGCCCCGUGGUGGCCGCCCCCAAUAGGACUGAAGGGGCUCAGCCUCAGGUGCCACCUCCGCUAGCGGCGUCGCCGCAAAUCCGCCCGUCCACUCUGACCCGCAUGGGGGCCGUGGCUGUCAUGGUGCCUGCUCAGAGCCAAGCCGGCUCGCUGGUGUAGGCCAGCAGGAGGACAAGGGAAGGAGGGAAAGUAUGCCUUGAAAACCGAAAGCACCUUCUCCACGAAACGCCUGAAAGGUCGUGAGAGAAGACGUCUCGCCGGUCAUUUUGGCUUGAUAGUUUCAUUUCUAUUUUUUUUUUUUUUUUAAGAUGUAUAUUUUUAUUCCCAUUCUGUUAAAGAGAUUUUGAAAAGGAUAAUCUAUGAAAUUAUGAUUUUUAGGCAAUAAGACUGAAGAGAUGUUUGAACUGAAUAUAGUGCGUCCGCAUACUGUAAAUCCAUAAAUGUUUGUAAAAGAGUUCACUUUAGGAGGAUCACUUUUCACUCACUUCUCUCAGGCCAACUGCACCAGUUAAAUAUCACUAUUCAGGUACUUCAACUUCAAUUUCGUCACUUUCUUUGACCCACUUCUGUUCAUACGGGUUGCCCAUAUGGUUCCUUGACACCCAUGUCUUCGGAGAACAUUUAUGAUAAUUUUGCCUGUUAUGUUAGUAGGAAUGUAACAAAUAGUGUUGAAGUUGAUGGUUUCUUACUAUUGUUCAAAGGUGCUUGGUAUAGAAUGAUGUUACUUUAAAUGUGAGGCCAUUUAUCGAUGGGAUAAUAUUAAAACAAACCCUCUGCUGAUGGUCUUCUUUGUUUUCAUUGAAGUAUACUAAUCUCUGGAAAUGUGUUGGUGAGUUAUUGAGGUUGAAAGGCUCUAUGUAGCACUUUCAAUGCAGUUUUGAUUGUUGAUCAUUUUUCAAUAAAACUGUUUGCUUUCAGCAAGCUGGAUCGUCGCCUCCUUCAUCACUCAAACCGUUUGUAUAUAAUGUACAUCUUUCUCAGUGGAGUGGGAAUCAGGGUGCCAAUAAAAAAGCCAAUUUGAUC